AAUGCACAUUUAAGUUGGUUUGCCAGCCGCCAAUAAAAUUAAAAGAAGAAGAAGAAGUGCGUGACGGCGGCUGAGCGCGGUCUGUCUCCGUAUGUCUCCCGCCGCUGCGUGUCUCGGUGUUCUGUGCGGGUUACCGGCGGCCGGUAAAUCCCGUCUGGCUCGGGAGCUGCGGGGCACACAGACGCGCGGUUGGAGGACGCUGCUCGUGACGUAUGACGAACUGAUACCAGCGCGCGACUGGCAGGAGUGUGAAUGGAAGCAGCACAGGAAGACGGUUCUGAUGUGUCUGGAGAGAUUCCUUCAUCAGACUCUCUCCGAUCAGACUCACACGCUCUCUGAUCAGACUCAGACUCACACGCUCUCCGAUCAGACUCACACGCUCUCCGAUCAGACUCGCACGCUCUCCGAUCAGACUCAGACUCUCACGCUCUCUGAUCAGACUCAGACUCUCACUCUCUCUGAGGCUGAUGGAGUCUGGAUGCGGUUUGAGCAGAUGCGGCAGCAGCAGAGCGUCUCUCACACACACUCGCAGCCGCUCGUGGUUCUGCUGGACGAUAACUUCUACUACCAGAGCAUGAGAUACCAGAUCCAGCAGCUGGCCAGGAAGUACGGCGUGGGUUUCUGUCAGGUGUUUCUCCAGUGUCCGCUGCACGUGUGUCUCCAGAGGAACCGGUGCAGAUCUCAGCCUGUUCCUGAUGACGUUCUGCUGCAGAUGUGUGAGCGAAUGGAGCCUCCGAACGAGAUCAGAAACCCCUGGGAGCAGCAGAGCCUGACGCUAGACAGCACAGAUGGCAUCGCAGACGGACACGUACAGAAGCUGAUGGACGUGCUGGCGUCUGCGCUGGAAAACCCAUUGAGCCCCGUCCAGGACGAGUCACAGCAGAAGGAGGCUGACAGACGGAUUUGUGCGUCCAGCGUUCUUCACCAGGCUGAUCAGACGUGCAGACGACUGGUUUCUCAGGCGCUGACAUCAGCUCAUGGCCAGGCGUCUCCAGACGUGCUGAAGGCUCUGGCUAAAGCACUGAAUGAGCUGAAGACUGUGUUCCUGCAGGAGCUGAAGAAGGACGUUCUUCAUCGCGUCUCAGUUUUCCCAGAGGAGCUGCUGAUGGACGUGUCUGCGGCGUUCCAGCGACACUCACACGAGAUUGUGUCCAAACACGUGAAACAUGACUGAUUACUGAUAAUAAAUCAAACUAUGGUUAAGUCUUUCUGAUGGACUUGUGAUUGUGCAUAAGAUGUCAUUUUUUUAUAUAGUUUCUGCAAAUGCAUCUGUCCAAUGACUGACUGGUUUUCAUUUGGAGAUUCAUCAACAAUUUAUAAUAUUGUUUGUUUUUCUUUACAAAGAUGGAGAUUGCAGUUCUAUAUAUUAAAUUAACAUUAUUAAUGAAUUGCAGAAAUCCAUCAUUUGUCACCAAUGUCAACAAGGUUUCUAAAUGUCGAGGUUAUUGACAAUACUAAUGUAUGACAUCAGUCACGUUCACCAUCGCUGAUAGACUGAUCAUUAUUAAAUUGACAUUGAAUUAUUA